CUGAUCGUGAUUGCAAACUCUAUGUAGAUUGACCACCAUCUCUACAGAUUCCUAGCAUAAUUUACCUCGCAGGAAGUUUAUUUUGAGCUGUUUGUAUUUGCAUACACUCAAGUUUGACAGUCUGAGGAAUAUUAAUAUAGGACUGAUGGAAAUUCCGAAAGGAACGUUCAUCAUGAUUUCGAGCUAACAUUUUUUUUUUUUAUCGUACGUCCGUGUCAGCGAAGACAAGUGACAGUGUCACAACAAAAGGAUUCAUUUUUCGUUAUUGAUUAGGUAUUGUAUAAGUCUGGUCUAAAAAAAAUGGCAAUCUUAUUUGUACUAUUUCAAGAUACGUUUAGUACAUAGAGGUUAUAAAGAAAAGGAAACAUUGAAAGUUCAAUCGAGCGUGAUACAGCGAGCCGUAUAAUCGUCUUCGCCGAGAUUCCUCGCUAAGUACUACGUAGAGAUCAUUUACCGAUAUUUUGAGUCACAAACGAGUAGAAUAAUUAAACGUUAUGGAGGUUGACGAAAACAAUGCAGCAGCACCGACAGAAACACCAAUGGAAGUCGAUGAUGAUAAUGCUGAAAAGAAACCUACCGUAUCCGCGAAUCCUCCUAGCGCUAUCAAAGUGAUGGCAUCCUCUGGCACCGUUGGGUCUGUUUCUAUUAGUCUUCAUCCGCUUGUCAUAAUGAAUGUCAGCGAACACUGGACUAGGCUUCGUGCUCAAGAAGGAACAGAUCAGUUAGUUUAUGGAGCAUUGAUCGGUAAACAGAAGGGACGUAAUAUCGAAAUCAUGAACUCCUUUGAAUUAAUGUUCACGUGCAUUGGAGAUGACGUUAUAAUCGAUAGAGAUUAUUACAACACCAAGGAAGAACAGUUUAAGCAAGUCUUCAGUGAAAUGGACUUCUUGGGGUGGUACACAACAGGGGAUAUGCCCAAUGAAAGGGACAUCAGAGUGCACAAGCAACUUUGCGAGAUCAAUGAAAGUCCUGUGUUAUUGAAACUUGACCCAAGACCAAAAAAUACAGAUCAAUUGUCCGUUUCCAUGUACGAGUCAGUAAUUGAUUUAGUAAAUGGGGAAGCUACAAUGCUAUUUGUUCCAUUAACUUAUACACUGGCAACAGAAGAGGCUGAAAGAAUUGGGGUCGAUCAUGUAGCAAGAAUGUGUAGUAACGAUCAAGGAGAAAGUUCCUUAGUUGCAGAGCAUCUGACUGCUCAGCACAGUGCUAUAAAAAUGUUGCACUCCAGAGUAAAAUUGGUUCUGAAAUACGUGCAAGCAGUACAAAGCGGGGAAUUGAAAGGAAACCAUGAAGUUUUGAGAGCAGCCUGUUCUUUGGGACACAGAUUGCCAGUUUUAAACAAUCCCAAAUUCAAAGCUGAUUUUUACAAUCAAUGCAACGACUUCGGUUUGAUGACCUACCUUGGUAUCAUAACAAAAGGUUGCAACAAUAUUAAUCAAUUUGUUAAUAAAUUCAAUAUUUUGUACGAUAGACAAGGCGUGGGUCGCCGUUUGCGGAGUCUCUUUUUGUGAUAAGUGAAUAGAAAUCGUUGCGUUUUAUACUUGUCUUUUUUUACUCCUUAAAUUAUAGCAAAUAUUCUUGCAAUUUAAGGAAUUCACAGCAGUAAAGUUUAUUGGUGAGUAAACUUAAUACUAUGAUAGAUAUUGUACCUCUUACAAAAUAAAUGUCAAAAGUUCGAUCGAA